CUCACAGUCUAAUUUUUUUGUCUGAUAACAAAUAUACAGAUUUUUGGCUGGGUAGAAAAUGGUAACAAAAGAUACUUUAUGCAGAAGAAGAAGAUAUGAAAGAGAAUGAGAAUUUUCUUAAUUGAAAAUCAAUCUGCACAAGCUGGUGAAGCCAUCAUGUAUAUCUGAGUUAUAUUGUGGCCUGUUCUUGCAUUGUACCAUAGGGAUUCAGUCAUGGAGAAGAAGGUCAUCGAGCGUUUCUACCACCAACAUCCUUUGAUUCUCACUGAAAAUGUGAGUAAAGACGAGACUCCAAAUUGUUAUGGCUGUGGUAUUCCCGUGGUAGAUUUGGAGGUGGCGUAUGUUUGCACGGUUCAAAAUUGUUCGAAUAGGAUUAUCCUCCACAAGAAAUGUGGAGAAUUACCUAGCCAAAUUUUGCACCCUAAACACCCUGAGCAUCCCCUUUACCUAUUUGAUUACCACCCAGUAUUGACUACCUGGUGCAAUAGUUGUAUGUGCGAUAUUGGUAAUGUGCUUGGAUACCAAUGUACAAGUUGUGAAUUCGAUGUCGACUUAACAUGCGAAAGAAUAAGUAUUGAUGAUAGUUUAGAGAGGAAAAUUCAAGUAGAACACCCGAGUCACCCUGAUCACCCUUUGACACUAAUGAGAAAGCCCUUAUUUCCAUUUUAUUGUGAUGGUUGUGGCGUUAAAGAUGUGGACAUGGCUUUCAUAUGUUCAACGUGUGAAUUUAUGGUACACAAAACUUGUGCUUCGUUGCCUCUCAUCCUCCCCGCAAAUCUCCGAUACCACCACCACCAUCUUUCUCUUGCCUUCAGCUUUCCAAUGAAACAUCACAAAUACAUACACGAUUGUGAUGUUUGUCAUGAGAUAUUGGACAGAAACUGUUGGGUGUAUUAUUGUGGUGAUUGCAGAUUCUUUGCGCAUAUCAGGUGUGUUGCAUCCACGACUGCUGAGAAAGACUCGGAUUUGCACAGCAAUGAUAAAGAUGGUUUGAAUGUGAUUGAAUUCCCGCUACAUCCACAUGACAUAUCCGAGAAGUUAAUCACACCUUUUGUGAUGAGAAAAAAGGGUCUUAACAACAUCCCGGAUGCGAAAGGCAUGCUAGCAACAGUGAAGAUGCCAAAGACCAAAGCAAAAUUUUCAUUUUUAUUCAAUUAUCACAAGCAUCCCAAGUUUUGGAUGUAUCACUGCCGCCAAUGCGACGUUUCGUUCCACAUUUUUUGCCUCAACGCUGCAGCUGGCGGGUAUCGAAACAUCAAAUUUGGGCGACGGUUUGUGUUCAAUGCUGUCCACCCUAAUCACCCCCUCACAUUCAAUUGUAUCACUGUCAAGAGAAGGUGUGACCUUUGUCAUAGUGAUGUGUAUAACUUGGGUGGGUUUGAAUGUGCAUCAUGUUACUAUCUUGUGUGCGUAAAUUGUAGUAACAGGACAAGAGUUAGAUGAAAUGAUGCAACAUUCUCAAG